UAAAACGAGACGACUCACCCGCUUGCGAGCGUCCAUUUUCAUUUCAGCUCGACUGCUUCUGCUCCCAUUCUUAUCUUCUGUUUCGUCUUCCUCGGUCAUUCAUAUUUCAUGAUUAAUAAUGGGGUCUCUUUCCAUGCUCCUCUCGUCUUCCCCACCUCUCCAAAACCUUCUCAAAAGCCCCAAAUUCAAUUCACGCUCUCCCAGUUCUCCCCCAAACCAGUUAUUCUCCCCCAAGGUUCCACCCCUCGCCCAUCUUCAUCUCCAUUCUUCCCUCCUCAACUUUUCUCCUCUUUUGCAGACGCUAACUAAAACCUCUCUCUCACUCGCCAUAUCUGAGCUCUUUACUUCUUUCCCUUGCUUUGCCUCAGAAACUAUUGUCUCCUCUGACGGGGCCGUCUCUGAGAAGAUUAACCUGGAAGCAAUUUUAGUUUCCAUCGAUGACUUUUUUAACAGAAAUCCAUUUUUUGUUGCUGGCUGUACUUUCAUCUGGCUGGUUGUCAUACCUGUAGCUCAGUACUACUUGGGAAAAUGCAAACCUAUCUCUGCCAUUGAUGCGUUCCGGAAGCUCCGGAAUGAACCAAAUGCGCAGCUUUUGGAUAUUAGGGACGAGAAGACUUUGGUGUCAUUGGGAUCUCCGAAUUUGAAGAUUUUAAGUAAGAGUGCUGUUCAGGUUCAGUUCCGCGAAGGAGAUGAAGAUAAGUUCGUGAAGAAGGUAAUGGCACGGCUUGCAGACCCCAAAAAUACUGUCGUCUGUAUUUUGGACAAUUUUGAUGGUAAUUCGAUGAAAGUGGCUGAGUUACUGUUCAAGAAUGGUUUCAAAGAGGCUUAUGCUAUCAGGGGCGGAGCCAGAGGCAAAAAUGGGUGGUUGGAAAUACAGGAAAAUCUUUUGCCGCCUCCAGUACAUAUUUAUCCUAAAAAGAAGAAGGCUAGGAGUUCUGAGCAUCUAGGGGCCAAUGCAAGAAUUAAUCAGCAAACUGAAAACCAGGAGGGUUCCUCAUCUUUGAACUCUCCCAUAGUAGAAAGCCAAAGGGUGGACCGUGAUGGUAUAAACAAUUGCAAGAAAUCCAUGCCAGAUGUACAAGUCAGUCGUAGAUCUUUCUCUCCCUAUCCUAAUUACCCAGAUCUGAAACCACCAUCGUCCCCAACUCCUUCCAAGCCAUGAAAGCAAAGCAAAUUUGAUCGCAUAAGGCCCUGCCAUUGCCAUAUCAAGAAGGUUUCAGUUCCUUGUAGCGCACGAUUGCUCCUUCUGAGAAGCAAUACAUUUUUCUAAAAAUCUUUAUGUUAAGAUUUGUGGGAAAUUGUUAGGAUGUAUGUAUUCAUCCCCCCCCCCCCCCCACCAUAAAUGUCUUCUUUCUUGGUGAACUGUGUUUGUGUAAGAAGAAGAGUCAUUCCAAAUAUGAUGUUUACUUCUAAUAGUAACAGCUUUGGGAUCCAACUCUCUCGCCCUCUAGUUUUUUUUUUAAUUUUUUAUUUGGCAGAGAUGCAUUCUAUAGUAAGUAUAAUGAUAGUCAGCCUGUAUUCCCACUCUUGACCUCAGAAACUAAGCUUUCCAUUUAUUUAGCUUCUUAGAAGUUGAUCUAAAA